AUGUCACAAUCUACAAUCCUUUGCCGAAGUACCGCUGCAAUAUUAUCGACAGUGACCGUGGUAUCGUUGUACACAUUUUGGACGAGGCGUAGUGGCGGAAAGCGUCAACGGCUUCGGCAAAAGCUUCCCAACAGUCUGAACUCUUGGAGGAUGGAAGAAGCAGAGGACGAACUUUGGAACAUUUGGAGGAACUCUUGUCUUGCCAAGUGGCGGUUACAUCCUGGCGGAGUCUUCGCUCCCAACGCAGGCCUCCUGGCAAUUCCCACCCACUAUCUGGUGGCUUUUCGUAUGUUACACCUAUCCGCAAGGAUGGUCCAGGAUCAGUUAAUUGGCUUGGUGGAUAUGAAUGUACCGUUCGUAUCAUUACAACAUCCGUCUGCCGUUACCGGAUCCCACCAAUACACUGAGCAGAACGCUCUUGCAAGAAUUGCACGUACGCGCGAAGGGCAUGAUGUCAUCAUCCGAGUUAUUGUCGUCGGAAGGGAAGGACAUGAACACCUCGAGAUCCUCAGGAAAAUUGCUACUGGCGAACAUAGUCUCUACAGCAACAAUCAUGCUCUUCCCAUGUUUUCCGAGUAUCAGGUGGACGAUAUCGUUCUUGGUUUUUUCCCCAAAGUUGACGCACCGAUGCUAGAUAUUUAUUACUUCUGGGCGAGGAACUCUGUCGGUGAUAUUGUCUACAUGCUCAUGCAGAUGUUGGAGGCCCUGGCAUUUAUUCACGAUUUAAAGAUUGCUCAUCGAGACGCAUUUCGUGAUAAUUUCGUUGUUGAACGGCAGCCGGAUUCGCUUGUUACGAUGAAAAUUGCCCCAUUUUGUCCUCGAGUAUAUUUGAUCGACCUUGGAGUCGCAGUAAUGUUCCCGCCAGAAUGCCCCGCAGACGAUUGCAUUUCGAUAAGUCCUCCCGUAGGCGGCUCCUUCCCAGAUUCGGAAAAAUAUGCUCGUCCUUGCCCCCCCGAGUUAGAGAAUGGAGAACCCUAUAAUCCCUUCAAACUCGACGUUUGGCAACUAGCCUUGUGUUUCACAGAAUUCAGGAGCACCGUUCCCGAGAUUGAUGACGACCUCGUGAGUAUGGUCGAAUUUGAUCCGAUACAUCGACCAAGUGCGAAGGAAGCUCUGGAUAAACUAGGGGCAAUCGUUCAUUCGAUGACACCAGAGUCAUUGCUCAUUGAGCCGAAGCUGCGUCCACAGUCUUGGGCCCCAGAGUGGGGCAGUUCCACGUGGGUUGAUCCUCCCGAAACUCUGUUGAAAUAUUUUCCGGUUUAG